AUGUUGAUCAAAGUCAAAACUCUAACAGGAAAAGAGAUCGAAAUCGAUAUAGAACCUACAGAUAGAGUUGAAAGAAUUAAAGAAAGAGUUGAAGAAAAAGAGGGCAUUCCACCUCAGCAACAGAGAUUGAUUUUUUCGGGAAAACAAAUGAAUGAUGAAAAGACUGCUCAAGAUUACAAAGUUCAAGGAGGAUCUGUAUUACAUUUGGUAUUAGCAUUAAGAGGAGGUAUUUUCCAAUCCGUUUAA